UUGUGGUCCUGCCCUUCCACCCCACGCCAUAAAUUGGGUUUCCGCAUUUGCAAUGCCACAUUCCCACUCCCAGAGACCCUACACGAAAUCUUGGUAUAUGCCCCCACCCCACCCCACCACUUGGCUAAAACUUAAAACCUCUGGCUAGCGACUUUGCAUUUUUUCUUCUUUGAAUUCUGGAGUGUUAUCGUUUUUGUGUCCUCAGAGAAAAUGGACCUCUCUGGUUCAUGCAGCAAUGGAUCACCAUGGUCGAUCUCAAGAUUCAUCAGCCAUGCGAUUUUUCUGGCCUUCUGGCCUUCUCUUAUCUGCUUUAGCUCUACAGAUGCUUAUGAUCCGCUAGAUCCAAAUGGAAAUAUUACAAUAAAAUGGGAUAUUAUUAGCUGGACCGCAGAUGGAUAUCUUGCUAUGGUCUCUGUGAACAACUUCCAGAGGUAUCGUCAUAUCCAAGCACCCGGAUGGAAAUUGGGAUGGAAAUGGGCAAAGAAAGAAAUAAUAUGGGACAUGGUUGGUGGUCAAGCCACAGAGCAAGGAGACUGUUCAAAGUUCAAAACAAACAUUCCUCAUUGCUGUAAGAGGGACCCCACAAUCGUAGAUUUGAUGCCAGGAACUCCUUACAACAAGCAGGUUGCAAAUUGCUGUCGCGGCGGAGUCCUUAACUCGUGGGUGCAGGAUCCAGAAACUUCUAUUAGUGCAUUCCAAAUAAGUGUUGGUCAAGCUGGGACGAGUAAUAAAACUGUUGUAUUCCCCAAGAACUUCACCUUUAAGGCUCCUGGCCCGGGAUAUACGUGUGGGCUCGCUAAACAUGCGAUGCCGACCAAGUUUAUGACACCCGACAAAAGGAGAUCUACUCAAGCUAUGAUGACAUGGAAAGUGACAUGCACCUAUUCACAAUUCUUGGCACAAAAGACGCCAACUUGCUGUGUAUCAAUGUCUUCCUUCUACAAUGAUACAAUCAUCCACUGCCCCACUUGUACUUGUGGCUGUGAAAACAACAUAAAUCAACCCGGGACUUGCAUAAGACCGGGAUCUACUUAUGUGCCUACAGCACUUUCAACUUCAAGUUCAGGAAGGAAUGAUUUGGCACCUUUGAUCCAGUGUACUGAUCAUAUGUGUCCCAUCCGAAUCCAUUGGCACAUUAAGAUCAACUAUAAAGCGUACUGGAGGGUGAAGGUCACUGUUACAAAUUUCAAUUACAGAAUGAACUAUUCAAAUUGGAAUCUUGUCAUUCAGCACCCGAAUUUCGACAAUCUCACACAGAUUUUCAGCUUCAACUACCAGCCAAUAAUGCCAUAUGAAUCCAUAAGUAAACUAACUUCUCAGCAACGCUAAGGGCUUGUUUGGUUUGGAGAUUUCGGAAUGACACUGCCAUGCUCUGGGGAAUCAAGUUUUACAAUGAUCUACUUAUGCAAGCUGGGCCUUUCGGUAAUGUACAAUCAGAGAUGAUCUUCCAGAAGGAUAAGUCAAAGUUCACCUUCGAAAAAGGGUGGGCAUUCCCUCGGAGGAUUUACUUCAAUGGUGACAACUGUGUGAUGCCGCAACCAGAUUUAUAUCCCUACCUGCCAAAUGCUAGUGCCCGGGCAGUUGUAUAUCUUCUUCUUCCUCUGAUAGCAAUCACAACAUCUUUGGUUCUACUCAUCUACUGUUAACCUGUCUGGUUCAGUAAGUACUAAUGAAAUUAACUAGUGCAGUAACUUAACUUAAGUUAGUGGUGGGAAAAGUGACUAACAGAUGCUCUCACUGCUCUCUCUCUCUCUAUUUGAGCUAAAAACAGAUGGCUUUGAGUUGUUUUAGAACAUCAAAUUAGGAUGGAUUAUAUAGCGCCUAUUUAUUGUAUAGAUUAAAUGCUUUGUAGUCUGUGUUCUAAGAAUUUCCACCCUACAGUAGUUGGAACUAGACACUUGGCUUGCAUUGGUAAUUGACCUAAGAGUCUGUUGCUAGCUAUUGCCCAUGGCUUUAAAAAAUAGUCUGUGGUAAUAUAUUUUGUGUAUUCUUAAUUGUGGGACGGAACCUUAACAAGAAUUGUUGCGUAU